UUAAUGGAUAACCGAUUAUUUCCUCUGUUUCUCUUGUAUUUAGUAAUAGGUAAACAAUAUAAUUAUUCAUAUGCAAAAAGCCUUGUGGGGCACAAUAUUAGGUAUUCAAAAGAAAAAGAAUUUCCUUUUAUUGCAUCUAUUAAAUAUAAAAGCACGACGCCAAAUCCACAAGAAGAUCACAUAUGCAGCGCUGUACUUGCUACCCGAAAACAUGCUAUAACUGCUGAACAUUGUAUGGUUGAAAAUUUAAAUGAUAUUCUAUUUGUAACUGGAUCAAAUAAUUUAAGUAAAGGUAAAGCGUAUAAAAUUGUGGCGUGGAUAUCCUAUAACCAAUGGGCAACUAAAAAUAAUGUGCAUCUGGAGUAUUCUGACAACGACAUAUCAAUUAUAACGUUAGAACACUCUAUAAAAAGCUCAAAAAUAAAACCAGCGAUUUUAUCAACUACAAAUAUUAAGGAUUUGUAUGGAUUUGAAGUUGCUACAGCAGGUUGGGGAAUUUCAAACGAUGGUAAUGUUUCUGACAAAAUGGAGACUUUGCACAUCCAUUUGCAUUAA